AAUAUUAGUGUACUCCGUAUGUUUUUGUAUUUUCUAUGACCAUAACUCUGUUCUUUACUAGCAGAGGAGUGACUACUGCCCCCAUUGCUCUCUUCAUUCACUCUUCACACUGAUCGAUACAAACACCCACACUCUGAUUCUUAAGCCACUCCGUAGAUCUAAGGCAGAACUACCUCUCUCGAACUUUGGCUUCAGAUUGGUCCAAAGUGACAGACGAUGGCAGCAAUGGAUGUUCAAACAACAUGUGGGUCAUUGUUGCAGCAACUGCAGGAAAUAUGGGAUGAGGUUGGCGAAAGUGAUGAAGAGCGGGACAGGAAGCUUCUCCAGUUGCAGCAAGAAUGUAUGGGUGUUUACAAGAGAAAGGUUGACCAGGCUAUGAAUACAAGGGCUCAACUCCUUCAGGCACUAGCAGAUGCCACCGGUGAACUUGCAAAGCUUGAAUCAGCACUUGGGGAGAAGUCAUCUGUUGGAAUUCCAGAGCAGACAUCAGGAACAAUCAAGGAACAACUUUUGUCUAUAAAUCCUGCACUAGAAAAGUUAUGGGCGCUGAAAGAGGAGAGGGAAAAUGAGUUCUUUGAUGUGCAAUCACAAAUACAGAAGUUAACCAAUGAGAUUUCUGGGGCCAGUGGCCAGACGGCAAGUCCAACAGUGGAUAAGUCUGAUUUAUCCCUGAGAAGAUUAGAUGAGUUUCAUGCUCAACUCCAAGAACUUCAAAAAGAAAAGAGCAAGAGGUUGCACAAGGUUCUUGAAUUUGUAAGCACUGUGCAUGAUCUUUGUGCUGUUCUUGGGAUAGAUUUUUUCUCAACUGUUACUGAAGUUCACCCAAGUCUGAAUGACUCGACUGAUUUUCAAUCAAAAAGCAUAACUGAUGAUACACUGAUGAAUCUGGCAAAAACAGUCUUGGCUCUCAAGGAUGAUAAGGAGCAGAGGUUACAAAAGCUUCAAGCCUUAGGAGCUCAACUAAUUGAUCUUUGGAAUUUGAUGGAUACCCCUGAAGAGGAAAGGAGGUUGUUUGAUCAUGUUACUUGCAAUGCAUCAGCUUCAGUGAAUGAAGUGAGCGUUCCUGGUGCUCUUGCUCUAGAUAUAAUUGAGCAGGCUGAAGUUGAAGUUGAAAGACUUGAUCAGCUAAAAGCUAGCAGGAUGAAGGAGAUUGCCUUUAAAAAGCAGGCUGUGCUCGAAGAAAUUUUUUCACGUGCUCACAUUGAGAUUGAUACUGAUGCAGCUCGAGAAAAAAUCAUGAUGACGCUCGACUCUGGUAAUGUUGAACCUGUGGAGCUAUUGGCUGACAUGGAUAACCAGAUUACAAGAGCAAAAGAAGAGGCCCUGAGUAGAAAAGAAAUAUUGGAUAAGGUUGAGAAAUGGAUGUCUGCUUGCGAAGAAGAGAGCUGGCUUGAGGAUUAUAAUCGGGAUGAGAAUAGGUACAGUGCGAGCAGAGGUGCCCACUUGAACCUAAAGCGGGCUGAGAAGGCAAGGAUAUUCGUCAACAAAAUUCCAGCUCUUGUUGAUGCCCUGGUUAACAAAACAAGGGCAUGGGAAGAAGAACAUGACACAUCAUUCACUUAUGAUGGCGUUCCCUUGCUUACCAUGCUAGAUGAGUAUAUGACGCUGAGGCAUGAGAAAGAAGAAGAGAAAAGAAAGUUGAGGGACCAAAAGAAGGUUCAUGAUCAGACAAGCAAAGAACAAGAAAUGGCCACCACACCAAGUCCUGCUCGACAACUAGGUGCAAAGAAGGUUGUGGGUCCACGAGCAAAUGAGAAUGCCUGUGUAGCUACGAGUAGCAGGAGGCUAUCACUAAACUCUCAUCAGAAUAGUCCACGGUCAACAACUAAGGAGGGCGGUGUGAAGAGAGAAAUCGCACAGGCAGUUGCUCCUGUCAACUAUGUCGCCAUAUCAAAGGAAGAUGCAAUCUCUCAUAUUUCUACCCGUGAGCCUACUCCCAACAACACUGCAUUAAUCAUCAGUCAAUAAACAAGAGCUAGAGAGUGGGUGUGUGGGUGUAUAUUGCUGUUACAUCUGUAUCACUUAUGAGAUCGCCCGUAGUUCAGUUGCUGUAGUAGAUAAUAAUAACUGUGAAGUGACUCACUUCAUAAAUAUAGGGAGGCUAUAAGAAUAAAGCAGCUUAUCUAUGUUGUCAUGCUUUUGUGAAGUCAGCUGCCCUAUACCACUGUACAAUCCUCCCAUGGGUUUAAAAGAUCAAUAAAAAAUAAUGCCCGUUUGUGCGGUCAAAG